AUGCUCCCGCAAUGUCAGGGCCCUGUCUGGGCCAUUGACGACCUGUCGCAUUGCUUCCAGCGCAAUGUCCUGCAAGUUUCGUUACCGCUAGUUGCGUGCGCUCUAUCCCUGCUCACCAUCGUCCUCCACCUCACUUAUCGCUAUGCUACCACUCUGAAAGGUGUCGCUUACAAGGUUCUCCCCAACGAGGCCACCGAUGACGAAAAUGUUCCCCAGACCCCGGAAACCGAAUCGGAUCCAAUGCUCCAGCAGGCCUUGCAGAGCGAGCAAGUCGAGCUCGAAGUGGACCGCCCACGCGGUGAGAUCGCCGUCGUGGCUCUGGAAAUCGCUGCGCUCGUCGGCCAGGUUGCUCUUUACGCGGUGAUUCUCACUACUCACGGCUGGGGCCGUCAUGGCGCGCUUCCUGCGACAGCUGGUCUGAUUUCGUGGGGCUAUAUACUUUUCUUGGUCUUGGUCCGCCUACUCUUGUCUAGCAUGGAUCUGUUCUCUGCCCCGAGACUGUGGACGCAUACGGCCACUCUGUACGGUGCCCAGUGGCUUUUCAAUGUCAUGGUUUUCCGAUCCGCGGUCAUCCACCCCAUCUCCAAACGUGCCUUGAUUCUCAGCAGUGUCGGAUUCGGUCUCAGCACCCUACUUAUGUUGAUCGCUCUCACCACUCGUCGAGGCAACAAACCUGUACUGGUGGAGCGCGAGGAUGGAUUGGAGCCCCCGCGUCACCCUAUGGCCAGUCUGCUGUCUCUUGCGACCUUUUCGUGGUUGGAUUCGCUGGUCAUGAAGGGCUACCGUCAACCCCUCGAACUCGAGGACGUGUGGAACCUGACUCCCACCCAGAAGGCUGCUGCGGUUCUUACGGACUUUAGAAAACGGCAGAUGAAGGGUUCUCUGGCCUGGAAGCUCAUUCGCUACUUUAUUGGAACCAUUCUGAAGCAGGGAGCCUGGACCGGUUUCGCCAAUCUGUUCGUUUUUGUGCCAAGUCUUCUGCUCAAGGCUAUUCUUGAAUACGUCGAAGAUCCCCGGUCUACCACCCCGAAUGCCGCGUGGCUCUACGCGAUCCUCCUUUUCUUCUCCGCUAUUGUCCAAGGCGUCGCAGAUGGCCAGGCCCUGUGGAUUGGCCGCAAGAUGGGUGUUCGGAUCCGCGCCAUCAUCAUUGGCGAAAUCUACGCCAAAGCCCUUCGACGUAAGGCAGGCGCUGCCACUGACGCUGCAAAGAAGGCCGUGGAGGAGUCAAAUGCCCCCGAGGACUUGAAACCGAAGAAGAGAAAUCUGCUCUCAUUUGGCCGAAAAAAGAAGUCCGCUGUCAAUGGAAACGACACCGAAGCUGCAACCCCCAAGCCUGCCGAGUCGGAUCUGGAUGAUGCUACCGCACAGGCAAAUGUCGGUACCAUCAUUAACUUGAUGGCGAUUGAUUCCUUCAAGGUCAGCGAAGUUGGCGCCUAUCUGCAUUUCCUGUGGGCAAGUGUCCCCGUGCAGCUCAUCAUGGCUGUCAUCUUGCUCUAUAAGAUUAUGGGCUUCAGCUCCUUCGCCGGUAUCGCAUUAAUGGCUCUGAUGCUCCCCGUCAACCUGUUCAUCGCCAAGCAAUUCAACGAGGUCCAGAACCUUAUUCUUAAGGGAACUGAUGCUCGUAUCCACGCGACCAACGAAGUCCUUCAAAACAUUCGUAUCAUCAAGUAUUUUGCCUGGGAGCAACGAUUCCAAGACAUUGUCAACGAAAAGCGAAAGGCAGAGCUCAAGUCCCUGCGUCGUCGUUAUAUCCUGUGGUCCUGCGCUGCGACAGUUUGGUAUGGAACUCCGAUUCUGAUCACCUUCCUGUCGUUCUUCCUAUACACCGUCGUGGAGAAGAAGCAAUUGACCCCAUCAAUUGCCUUCCCUGCCCUGUCAAUGUUCUCCCUUCUCCGUGUCCCAUUGGAUCAACUGGCCGACAUGGUGGCCCACGUGCAGGAGUCGAAGGUCUCCUUGGAUCGUGUGGACAAAUACCUGAACGAGGAGGAGACUGGGAAGUACGACCAGCUGCGUGACAGCAACGCGGACGGACCUUCUCAGAUCGGGCUGGAAAACGCAACACUGACCUGGGGUACCACUACCCCUACCCCUCAAGCUGCGUCUUCUUCGGAUAGUGGCGCUGAUGCAUUCCGUCUUAUUAAUGUGAAUGUUGAUUUCCCUGUCGGUCGUCUGAGCAUUAUCGCUGGACCUACAGGCUCUGGAAAGACCUCGUUGCUUAUGGCCUUGCUCGGUGAAAUGCGUCUGAUCGAGGGUCGUGUUCAUCUCCCUGGGGGCUUAUCGAGCCGUGCUGAACUCCCCGUUGAUCCUGAGACCGGCCUCAUUGACAGUGUCGCAUACUGUGCCCAGGAAGCUUGGUUAGUCAACGCCACUGUCAAGGAGAAUAUUAUCUUCGCGUCUCCAUACGAUGAGAAGCGCUAUCGCGCCGUGCUCAAGGCCUGUGCCCUCGAGCGUGAUAUUGAGAUUCUUGAUGCCGGUGACCAGACACUGGUUGGAGAAAAGGGCAUCAGUUUGUCUGGUGGUCAGAAGCAGCGUAUUUCCCUGGCUCGUGCUGUCUACAGUAGUGCCCGCCACUUGUUGCUGGAUGACUGUCUGUCCGCUGUCGACUCCCACACAGCCAAGCAUCUUUUCCGUCAAGCCCUGACUGGCCCGCUCAUGCUGAACCGCACAUGUGUCCUGGUGACUCACAACAUUGCUCUGACCGUGCCCCAGGCUGAUCACGUUGUGGUUCUUGAGAAUGGAAAGGUUGCCGCUCAGGGUAAGCCAGACGAUGUUGCAUCAACUGGCGCCCUUGGCGAUGAGUUCAAGUCUCGGCCUGCUUCCCGUGCUAGCUCGCGUGGUCUAUCCCGAGUUCCUUCCCAGCAUGGAGAUGAUGCAGCGGAUGAGAAUUCCGCUGCGGCUAAUGGAAGUGCCAACGGUACUGCCGGCAAGGCCAAGAAGGACGAAAAGUCACACAUGACAGAAGGCAAGGCUACUGGCAGCAUCAAGUGGUCGACAGUUAUCAUGUACCUGCGGUCGAUGGGCUCCGGGUACUACUGGGUCGUGGCUAUAUCUGUGUUCUGUAUGCAACAGCUUGGUUCGGUCUCCACCAACAUUUGGAUCCGCCAGUGGGCCAAUUCCUAUCACACCUCAAAGAUUAACGCCGAGGGUGAUGUUGGUAGCUAUGCUGCUGCUGCUCAGCUCAAGCCCCCUUCUUUCCACGUCGGUAGUGCCUCGAAGAUGAGCACCUGGGCCGCGCCUCAACUCGGCUCGCGAUCCUUUGGCCCCGUCACUGAUGAUGGACAAGUCAAUGUGACAUACUACCUGGGUGUUUACGCCCUCCUUGGUAUUGUUUACAUCCUUAUUUCCCUGUCCCGCGAGGCUGUUCUGUUCUGGGGCUCACUGCACGCAUCCUGGAAGAUCCAUGACAAUCUUCUCCGGGCGGUUAUGCACGCCAAGUUCCGUUUCUUCGACUCCACUCCUCUUGGCCAGCUCAUGAACCGUUUCUCCAAGGAUGUUGAGUCAGUUGACCAAGAGGUCGCGCCCGUGGCUAUCGGCAUGCUUCACAGCUUGGCAUCGGUUAUUAUGAUUGUUAUCCUGAUCUCCGUCAUCACGCCUGGCUUCUUGAUUGCCGGUGUCUUCAUCACUCUGGUGUAUACUGCCCUUGGUGCCGUCUACCUGAACUCCUCUCGUGAUCUCAAGCGUCUAGAGUCUGUGCAGCGCAGCCCAUUGUAUCAGCAGUUCGGUGAGACUCUGAACGGUAUCGUUACUAUUCGUGCCUAUGGCGAUGGUCCCCGGUUUAUCGUCGACAACCACCGCCGUAUCAACGCCUACAACCGACCACACAUUUACCUGUGGGCUAGCAACCGUUGGCUCGCUCUUCGUGUGGACUGGACUGGUGCGUUGGUUUCGUUCUUCUCUGCUACCUUUGUCUUGAUCAAUGUUGGCAAGAUUGACGCUGGAGCUGCUGGUUUGUCUCUGACUUACGCUGUCACAUUCACCGAGAACGUCCUUUGGCUUGUCCGUCUGUACUCGGAGGUCCAGCAGAACAUGAACUCGGUUGAGCGUGUGCGCGAGUACCUUGAGGUUGAACAGGAAGCUGCUCCGGUCAUUCCCGAAUCUCGGCCGGAGGCCAAUUGGCCUACCCAAGGUGCUGUCGAGUUCAAGGGCUACAGCACACGCUAUCGUCCUGAUCUGGACCCCGUGCUUAAGGAGGUAUCGUUCUCCGUGAAACCCGGCGAGAAAGUUGGCAUUGUCGGCCGUACUGGCGCUGGAAAGAGUUCGCUUGCAUUGGCUCUCUUCCGUGGUUUGGAAGCCGAGAAGGGUCAGAUCGUGAUUGACGGUGUUAAUAUUGGAUCUAUCGGCCUUCGGGAUCUGCGCGAGGCCAUCACUAUCGUGCCCCAAGAUCCCACGUUGUUCACCGGCACGAUUCGCAGCAAUCUCGAUCCGUUCGGCCUGUUCAGCGACGAGGAGAUUUUCGCUGCCAUCCGCCGCGUGCAUCUGAUUGGCUCUGCUACAUCCGGCACCGCAACCCCAAUGACCUCCAGCACAGCCGUCGAAAAUGGUAUGAACGAUAGCACCGUCUCCGUCGCCGACAACAAGAACAUCUUCCACAACUUGGACAGCCUGGUCUCGGAAUCCGGCUCCAAUCUGUCCCAGGGUCAACGACAGCUUCUCUGCCUGGCGCGCGCUCUUCUCAAGAAGCCUCGCGUCCUGAUGAUGGACGAAGCCACCGCCUCGAUCGACUACGCCACCGACGCCAAGAUCCAGGAGACUCUCCGGGAGCUGCACGACAGCACAAUCAUCACUAUCGCUCAUCGCCUGCAAACCAUCAUCGAUUACGACAAGGUCCUGGUCCUCGACCACGGCCGUGUCCUCGAGUUCGAUCACCCCUGGACUCUGAUCAACAAGGAAGACGGCCUGUUCCGCAGUAUGUGUGAUAACAGCGGGAACAUGGAGGUGCUCUUGGACGGUGCCAAGCGCGCCUGGUCUCAAAAGCGACUGGUGGACGAUUCUUGA